UCGCCGCCGCCGCCGUCGUCGUCGUCGCCGUCGCCGUCGCCGUCGUCCCGGUGUUCGAGCAGCGCCGCGGCGGUUCCCCUCUAUUGAUCGAAUUUGACCUGCGAAGUUUCCCCUAGCGCGUGUGUGCAGUAUAGUGGCGGCCGGUAGUGGGUCUCUCGCGCUCGUGUUUCCGAGUCCGGUAGUGCGGUUCGAUUAAUCGCGAGCAGCCUCGGUAUGUCUUUGCCAACGGCUUGCACGCGGUUCAGUGACAACUACGACUUGAAGGAGGAACUCGGCAAAGGUGCCUUCUCCGUGGUUCGACGAUGUGUGCAAAAGAGCACCGGUCACGAGUUUGCUGCAAAAAUCAUAAACACCAAAAAACUCUCGAAUAGAGAUUUCCAAAAACUCGAGCGUGAGGCGCGAAUAUGUAGAAAAUUGCAACAUCCAAAUAUUGUGAGAUUACAUGACAGUAUACAAGAGGAGAAUUUCCAUUAUCUUGUCUUUGAUCUAGUCACCGGCGGAGAACUGUUCGAGGACAUCGUCGCCCGGGAAUUCUACAGCGAGGCGGACGCCUCGCACUGUAUUCAACAAAUCCUGGAAAGCGUUCACCACUGCCACCAUAACGGAGUUGUGCACCGGGAUCUGAAGCCCGAAAAUUUACUCCUCGCGAGCAAGGCGAAAGGGGCGGCUGUGAAAUUGGCGGAUUUUGGUCUGGCGAUCGAAGUUCAGGGCGAAGCGCAGGCAUGGUAUGGUUUCGCUGGAACACCCGGGUACCUCAGCCCGGAGGUACUGAAGAAGGAGCCAUACGGGAAACCAGUCGACAUAUAUCCGAGUCCAGAAUGGGACACCGUCACGCCAGAAGCCAAGAACCUUAUCAAUCAGAUGCUGACGGUGAAUCCAGGAAAAAGGAUCACUGCCAGCGAGGCACUGAAGCAUCCAUGGAUUUGCCAACGUGAGCGUGUUGCAUCUGUGGUGCACAGACAAGAGACCGUGGACUGCUUGAAGAAAUUCAAUGCAAGGCGCAAGUUAAAGGGCGCUAUAUUGACAACCAUGCUGGCGACGCGGAACUUUUCCAGUAAGUAUGAUGCACAGGGUCGAAGCAUCAUCACGAAGAAGGGCGAUGGCUCUCAAGUGAAGGAGUCCACUGACAGCAGCACAACGAUCGAAGACGAUGAUGUUAAAGAGGAUAAGAAGGGCGGCGUCGACCGGAGCAGCACGGUCAUUGCCAAAGAACCCGAAGGUACACCUCCGAGCAGCCCCGCGACAAUGUCCGCGUUCUCCAAGGCGGUUGGCGCAGCCACAUCCAUGGUGAACAAACAGAUCCCGAGCCAGACCCAGGGCCAGGCCCAGGCCCAGGUUCAGGCCCAGGCCCAGAUUCAGGGUACAGGAAUUGCCCCCCUCGGAAUUGCCGCGGUUCUUCUUCAAGGGGCCCAAGCUGGCAGCGCAGGAUGCGGUAGCAGCAGCGGUAGCAGCAACAACAGCCAGAACAGCCAGGUCGGCGCGUCGCCAUCGUCGCCGGCCAGUGUCAGCCGCCACUGCCACCAGGCGAAUGGCAGCAACGAGCCGAUAGCAUCGCGACGCCAGGAUUCCUCGUCCACCGACCUAAGAAUCGUGUGUCCUAUCAAGACCUGCAGCCAGCUCUCAACCAACUCCCAGUGCUCAGCACGCCGACAGGAAAUCAUCAAGAUGACCGAGCAGUUGAUUGAGAGCAUCAAUACCGGAGAUUUCGAGGCAUACACGAAAAUCUGUGAUCCACAUCUGACCGCGUUCGAGCCGGAGGCUCUAGGUAAUUUAGUCGAAGGAAUGGAUUUCCACAAAUUUUACUUUGACAAUGCAGUUCUGGGGAAAAACUGCAAAGCUGUCAAUACGACGAUCUUGAAUCCCCAUGUCCACCUGCUCGGCGAGGAUGCCGCUUGCAUCGCGUAUGUCAGGUUGACGCAGUACAUGGACAAACAAGGCGUAGCACACACCCAGCAAAGCGAGGAGAGCCGCGUAUGGCACAAGAGGGACAACAAGUGGCAGAACGUGCAUUUCCACCGAAGCGCGGUGACUGGCCCAUCCCCGUUCUCUUUCAACCACAAAUAAAUCGGCCAAGAGGACUGCCCUGCUGCCGCUCUCGGUGAAUGCUCCUUAUCCCCCGAUAGAGCGCGAAUGAAUUAACGAAUGUUAGGAAUACGGAGCACAACCAGAGUACCCCCGGGCAUCUUCACCAAACAUACACGUACAUAAAGACGGAGUUACGAGUUACGAGUUACGAGUUACGAGGAGAACACACAACGACGUAACGCGGCGAGCUCGAGACGCUAUAGAGGAGAGCGCUAUAGUAACAUAUACAAACACAUUUACAUGUAGUAAAGCAAAUGCGACAAGGAUGUAACCGCCGGCAUGUGUUACCUGCUCCAGCGUACUUACUAUCCAUAUUUACGCGUGCACCGCGUUACGUGUGCCUCGGAGCCUCCACUAGGCGCGAAUCAUCGCAAGUGCGAGAAAGGAACAGAGUCGGUUGAUCGAUUGCUCGACGAGCGCCGAAGACACUGUCCAUUGUCGGUUAACGAACGCGGUCGUGGUCGCGGUCGCGGUUGCGGCAGAGAGAGAGAGAGAGAGAGAGGGGGGGGGGGCAGAUAGACGCAUACGUCUCCGAUCAUUCGUUCCACUGGCAUUUUAAUGUCGUCCGUUUUGCUCUCGCAUCUCGUGACGACAUGCUUUUCCUCAUUUUUCAAAAGCCAAACUGAUGUUGAUUUCGACAUCUUCUGAAUAAUAUCGCCGCGUAAUAAAGAGUUAACGGAACCGCAUAUGAGCGUUGCUGAAUGUGUCAGAGACAAAGAGACAAAGAGAGCGGAAGGCGGGUCAAGUAUUAUUAAAGUUGAAAAAUUAGAAUACGAGAAAACAUCAAUAAACAGAGUCGGAUUAGAUAGUACGUUUGUGCAUUUUGCAGUCGAGUCAUGGAUUAAAUGCUACCGGAAGAAAUUUUCAAUGGCAGAUGAAACGAGUCGUCGGAGACGAAACUGUCGCAGCGAAAAGACGGAAGGCAGGAAGAGGAAGAGGAUGUCGACUCGGAUCGAUGCUGGGCAUCGACGGGGUCAGCGGUCGAGAUGGAACGAGAAGAGGCGCGGGAGUAGGAGAGAGAGAGAGAGGGAGAGAGGGAGAGCAUCCAAGUAAUCUGACGUAGGAGAGAAAACAGAGACGGUGUAGAUGGGCAGUAGAGUGGAAUUGCGAUCGAAAAUUGCGGCUAAGCGACUGGAGGGAUUGGCAAGACAUUCCUCUCAGCUCUUGGAGCAGCGAGCUCCGAGUGAGCUACGAGUGAGCAACGAGAUCUAGGUCUAGAUCUAGACAUCUAGUGGACGCGUGCGGGCGCGCGCGCAAACGAGAGAGAAAAAUAUCUCGUUUUUACUUGAAUCGUCAUUAACGAUAAGAUCUAACGAACGUUCGACUUGUCAAUAGUUAGAUUCGCUUUCUAUACCUACUCGGUUUCUUAAAUGACUUGACACAUCGGAUGCGUUCUCACCGCAUACGUAACUAUCGUAUUUGAUCAAGAGAUUAGGUCGCGACCUAGGACUGGGACUUGGGACGGGCAACGAGCAAGAGAUGUGGGCUGUACAAGGAUAAAUAUCCACCACGUGUGGAUAAAUUUGAUAUCUCUUUCGGAGAAUUGCAUUUUUACCUAGUGACGUGCAAGAAAGUACUUUGAGCUUCGUAUUUAACGUAGCGUAAGUCUGACGUACAUAAGCUUCGAUUAUUUCCAUUGCGAUCAGCGGCGCGAUUCGACAAGUACACGAGCAACUAUUACCCGAUAUCAGAUCCUUCCUAAUGUUCCGAAUAGUGAUGAUAAGUAAUAAAUUUAAGAGUUAACAAA